AUGUAUUUUCUUCUUUUUUUUUUAGCUGUGGAAGAAAAAAAAACACAAAGAAAAGCAAUAAAAUCGAGGGAGAAAACGGGAGGAAAAUACGAAAUGGGAAUGGGAAACAAAGAGAGAAAUUGUGAGUAACCUGUCAGCAACCCGAAUGUUUAGCAUUUGGCAAGAAAGGGCUUGAAAAACGGGAAAAAACAAAAAAAAAGUGCAAAGAAAUUUUUAAAACAAAAAUGAGCAUGAUCGCUGCAAGACCAUUAAUGGGUAAUGUGUGUGCCUUUGAUUGAAACUAUGGUUUUUCGGUUUUUUCAGCGCGAUGGCGGGAAAACUUUGAGAUUUCAGAGUUUCAUGGGAAAAUGGGGACUUACUCAGAGAAACAGGCUGGAGAACCGGCGGAGAAAACGACAUGUCGGCGAACUCUCGGACAACCGGUGGACAAAAGUUUCGGCGAAAUAGUGUAGGUGAGACACUCCGCCGGUUGUCCGAGAGUUCGCCGAUAUGUCGUUUUCUCCGCCGGUUCUCCAGCCUGUUUCUCUGAGUUUCAGUUGAAGACGACUUUUUCACCACAUCUCAGGGUUCCCCGGGGUUAUAGUUCGUGAGGGAAUAUCACGGUUCCCGCCAAAAACCCCCGAGGGUUCCCGUCAACCACCCGUUGUUCUUUUGACGUUGUAAAACCUGGAAAUUUCCUUUUGAAAUCCCGUAUAUUCCUUAUAUUUGAAAAAACGCAGAAAGAGUGUGUGUUUGCUAGAGCGUGCAGAGAAUAGCGCAGGGUGAUCGUGGAGUAUUGCAAAAAAUAUUUUUGUUUUCCGGUUUUCAUUUAUCCCAUCUCCCUUUUCUCUCUGGAUUUUAUUUUAUUUUUGAUUUCUCAUGACCCGAAUUCAAAAAAAAAUCAAUAAAUUUCCAGCAACAAAAAUGUCGGUUGAAGAGGCCGUCAACAAUUUCCUGCAAAAAAUGCGAGAAGCACAACGUCUCGCAUAUUCCGGAGAAUGGCAACAAAGUUUGGAUGGUUUUCAAAGCCUUGCCGUGGAGCUGCGCAAAUUCAAAGUCAGCACACCGGAAGAUAUUUCGGGAAAAGAGCAUUUGUUGAAGCGAACUGAGAAAGCUAUCAGUUUGGUGAAGCAAAAUAUCGAGGCUGAUGCGGAAUUGGCGGAAACACUUCGCGGACACGCUGCAAGAACUUCGCCAGAACCACCAGCAGAUCCAGAUGUUUGGUCAGCUCCGCCAUCGCUUAAAGGAGCAUCAAAACCGAAGAAAGGCACGACUGCGGCUGCCACAACAUCAAAAUCACAAAAAUCAUCAACGACAUCCACAAAUCCUCGAGCUGUUCCAUCAACAUCCAAUGAAAAUAAGCCAGCCAAUCCAUCUCAAGAUAUUUUGCCAACAAACGCGGCUGGCGAACACUACGAUGCUUCGCUUUACGAUCCUGAAGUUGUUCGAGCAGUCGCUGCUACAAUGGAAUCAUCGAAAGACAAUAAUAUGACAAUGGAUAAAGUUAUUGGAAUGGAGAAUGUGAAACAAGUGUUGAAGGAGGCCAUUAUUUUGCCAGUAUUAAUCCCGGAAUUUUUCACGGUAAGUAUGAAUUUACGCUUCACUUUAAAUGGGUCUCGACACGAUGUGUGACUGCUACACACAAUCGUGGAUAUUCAGCGAAACAACGGUUUCCACGUGGAUUGUUUGACCCAACAUAGAGAUAAGCAUUCACUAGGACUUCAAAACAAAACUAGACUAAACUCCAGCUUCUCGGCUUUUCUGCAAGAAGCUAGAGUUUGGAAAAACGACGAUUUCCGCGUGGAAUUUAGAACAAAACUACUCUAAACCCCCGCUUCUUGGCUUUUCUGCAAGAAGCCGGAAAAAGAAAUUGAAUAUUUGAAAAAAUUAAAAUUCCUCGGCAUUUUUGUGGUUUUCGGUAUCGGUCUCUAAUUUCGCUCUGAAAAAAUCGAAUUUUUCUUUAGAAAAUCUAAGGCUUCCAGAAUUUCGGAAAAUUCCAAAGUUCUGGUUAAAAAAUGAAAUUUUGAGCAUAGCUUCCGCAUUCCAUCUGAAAUUUCAAUUUAAAAUUGAUAAAAUUUGAAUUCCAUCAAUUUUCAAUCAAAAUUCCAGAAAUUUCUCUUCUUUUUUUCAUUGAAAAAACUCACCGAAAAUUUCGAAUUCCUUGAUUUCUGUUUUUCUGUGUAAGAUUCCAAGCGGGUUUUCCAUUGUUUGCGAGUUGUUUUCUGAAAAAAUCAUGAUUUUUCUUGGAAGAAUCGUGUUUUCCCCCAUACUAGUCGAUUUUUCCCUCUUCCUUGAAGAAUUCCACGUUUUCUUUUCAAUUUUUUUUCAAAAAAAAAACUUGAAAAGCGAACCUCGAUCUCUCCCUUCACAGUUUUUCCAACCAAAUCAAGUCGACAAAGUCGAGAGUAUAACCAAAAAGUUAAGGUAACUCAUGUCGAGGUUCCUGACAAUUGCAAUGGCUAAUGCCCAACUUAAGAAGCUUCACUAUCCAGAGUCAGGCUAAGUUGAGCUGUACUUCACUCCAGGAGAGACACGUGGAAUUGUUCGCAGAGGGUAGUAGAUUAGGAAUUUGGGCACCCCAAAGAAAACUCAUCUUUAUUUGUUGCCAUUUUGUUGCUCGCCGAAAAAAUGUAAUAGAAAAAUUUUCGUGGAAAUAGCAUUUGCCACGAAAAUUUCACGUUCACGCAAAAAUAUUAUUAUUUUUUCUCUGAAUUUUUUGUUUUUUUUGCUGAAAAAAAAUUAAAAAGAAAUUGAGAAAGGUCCAAUCCAAAUUCAAAAAUCUGAAAUUUUGCAGGGUCUCCGCCGUCCAUGGAAAGCAAUGUGUUUGGCAGGUCCACCAGGAACCGGCAAAACAAUGAUAGCUCGUGCAAUCGCCGCCGAAGCAAAUUCCACAGUCUUCCUGAUUUCUUCAACUGAUCUCACUUCAAAAUGGCGAGGAGAUUCCGAAAAAAUCCUGCGUCUUCUCUUUGAACUCGCUCGUUUUUAUGCUCCCUCAAUUAUUUUCAUCGAUGAAAUUGAUACAAUUGCAACACAAAGAGGAAGUAGUGGAGAACACGAAGCAAGUCGAAGAUUGAAAUCUGAAUUGUUGUUGCAAAUGGAUGGUGUGAAAAAUCAGAAUGAUGAGAGACGUGUUUUUGUAUUGGCUGCCACGAAUUUGCCGUGGGUUAUUGAUGAAGCAUUGAUUCGAAGAUUGGAAAAACGAUUGUUUGUACCAUUGCCGAAUGAAGCAUGCAGAAAACAAUUGAUUGAAAGCUCAAUUCAAGGCGUAAGUUUUCGAAGGGGGUUUAAUCUAAGAUUUUCAUUCAAAAGUUUUGAAAAUCAUUUUUUUCAUCCAUAAUGUAGUGGAGAAUUCAAAUAUACGAAAAUCAUUGCUCAUAUUAAAUUGAUCUGGAAACAUACAAUUUUUGUGGAAAAAUAUUUCGAGGCUUGAUUGCUCACGUUAAACUGAAAACUACAAUUUCUCAGUUUUCGGCCCAAUUUUUUUCACAAUUUCUAAAAUUCAAAAAUUAAAAUAUGUUUGCCACGUCAUAACUAUAUUCAUUCUUUUCCAGAUCAACGUCGAUAUGAAUGACUUCAACGUGGAUGAAUAUGCUCGUCGAACCGAAGGCUAUUCCGGCGCAGAUAUCACAUCAUUUUGCCGCGCAGCCGCCUACAAUGUGCUCCGCCGCCUCGACACUUCAAAAUUCCGUACAAGUAUUGGCGGAUUGAAUUUGGAUGUACUUCGCGCCGAACCCGUUAGAAAAAUCGAUUUCGAAACGGCGCUUAAACAAGUCUCACCAACUGUAAAUAUGGAAAUGUUGCAAAAAUGUGAGGAAUGGUGCGACACUUUUGGAUCUCAUUGA